AUGAAGUCGGAAAAGCAGCUCAUCCAAAAGUCAUCCAGGCAGUUCGUUGUGGAGAAGAAUCAAACUUCUUCUCUGGUGAUCACUGGGGUAACACUGGAGGAUUCUGGGUGGUAUUUCUGCGAGGUGAACAUCCUGCAGAAAGACCCAGAGUGGGGCAACGGGACCGAGCUGGUUGUCUUGGCACCACCUUCUGCUCCCAAGAUUUACCUCCAGAUUCCCCCGGACCCACAGACUGGUCACUGGGCUCUCUUCUGUCUCACCGGGCGAUUCUACCCCAACGAGCUCACCCUCACCUGGACCUACCAGAGUGCAACAACCAAUAUCGAUCACCUGUCAGUCACCAAUUGCACCCUUCCUACUAUCCAGCCUCAUGGUGACCUGUCCGAACACCUGACUGAUGGAGCCGUGCUGUCUUCAGACUGGUUGGUGAACUCCAUGCCUCCUCCGAGCCACCCAAAGUGUUUCCAGGUGAUGGAUAACCACAGCCGGGAAGUGUAUCUCUUCAGUGUCUUUUUCCUCCCACAGAAAGAGUCCUUGGAAACAGGGAUUACUUUCACUUGUGGGGUGCAGGACCACCCUGCCAUGACCACGGCUUUGACCGCCUCCUUCACUUGGGAAGCCUCCACUAACGAGCUGAUUGUACACUUGAACAUUCUCAAGAUGUGUUUCCUCUCUUCAGUGACCGUCGUCUUUUUAUUGGAAGCAAUCAAACGUUUCAGCGUGAAAGGAAAAUGAUGUUCACCAUGAAAUACAAAAUGAAAAAGGAGAGAAGACAAAAAAAGGGGCCGCUGGGUGUUUGAGUGCAGCUCAUCUCAGCAGACCAACCUUUGACAAACAACGUCACACAGAUCAGGUCCAGAGUCACCGCUGAAAAAUGAGAAUGAACUCUGACUCAACAGUUAAUUCUGACUCCCAUGUUUAAACCUCUCGCUGUUAUUCCGCUUGGCUCUACUGUACAUCCUCUAAACAUCGAUGCAACGCCGAUUUCUUUCUGCACAUCAAAGCUGUUUAUCUCUGUAACUCUUUUAUCGCCGCUGUGUGCUGACUUGCGUGUUUUUUUGGAUCUGCUCAUUGUGCCAGUGGUUGGUAGUUUCGCACGUCUUAAGCCAUUCACUCGGGUCUGUGUGUCAGAAUGAAUGCUUCAUGCAUGAUCCACCUGUCAAACAGAUACAGUGAUCAGCUCAACCUCCGCGCAGGCCUAAUCCUCACAAAACAGGAUUACAGUGGGUGCCAGUGCUUGCUUGUGUGAUAGCAUUGUUUACGUGUGCAGUGUGUGGGGUGAGAUCUUGAUUCACGUGU